AUGAAGUUCCUUGCCCUCUUCUCCCUUGUGGCCGUUGCCGCUGCCGCCCCAGCUGCCCUCGAGGCCAGAGGGGCCACUACUUGCGGCAGCACCUACUACUCUUCCAGCCAGGUCACCGCUGCCAGCAACGCUGCUUGCCAAUACGUCAUGAGCGGUAGCACUGCUGGUGGCUCUUCCUAUCCUCACGAGUACCACAACUACGAGGGCUUCUACUUCCAGGGCCUCGACGGACCUUUCUACGAGUUCCCUCUCCGCACUUCUGGCGUCUACAGCGGUGGCUCCCCUGGUGCUGACCGUGUCAUCAUCACUGAGGACUGCGAGCAGGCUGGUCAGAUCACUCACACUGGUGCUGGCGGCAAUAACUUCGUUGCCUGCUCUGGUACCAGCUAG